AUGGGGUUUAGGCUGGCCUGGUAUGUGACGGUAUCAGCGCUCCUUGCUGGAGGCGUAGUUAUCUCUGCUUUUCACCAGAGGUCAAACUUUUACUCAACAUGCGUUUACUUAGCACAAAGCAACUUAUGCCUAAUGAUAUUAAUCAACCUCAUGCUACUAGUUUACGGAACUCUUAUGUACAGCCUACAAAGAUUAUGCUUCGGCGAGCUGAGACCGAUAGAAAUUGAACAGCUUUAUGAGAAAGGAUGGUUCGCAGUAACUGAGACGUGUCUAGCUAUGACAAUCUUUCGAGAAGAGGUUGGAGCUUGGUUCUUAGUAAUGUUCGUUGGGCUUUUGACUGGCAAAGUAUGGGGUUGGAUUGGUGAUGGGCGGGUGGAGAUUUUAGGACAACAACCGCCUUCUAACCCCAGACUUUUUCACAUUCGACUGUCGACUUCGUUAGCAAUUUCAGUGAUUUAUGAUCUAAUCAUGAUGAAAUACAUCAUAAGCUCUGUGAUCCAGCAAGCUCGGCCGAAUAUGAUGGUCAUGUUCUUAUUCGAAUUCACUAUAUUGACAACCACCUCAUUAUCAACGGCUUUUCGAUACGGAAUUUCAUUAACGGAAGCUAGUAUCAUAAAGAAACAGACCCAGGACUUACUUAACGAGCGUCGCCGGGAAAUUCGGGAGGAAAGGAUUCGGAUCCUGCAGCAGCGUGAAGCUUCUACCGCCUCUAGCACGGAAAACGAACCCCAAACUACAACCCAGCUGCCAUCCGAAGAUGAUAUGGAUGAAACUGAUAUUGAUGUUCCCGGCUGGGAGGCUAAAGGCCAAUGGCUACUCACGCUGGAUCUUAUUACUGACUUCGUGAAAUUUGGCAUCUACACUUCGUUCUUCAUUGUUUUAUUGAUGUUUUAUGGCAUACCUAUUCAUAUAAUUCGUGACCUACUACUAACGGCUAGAUCGUGCAUGAAGCGCCUUGCAGCUUUCCUCCGAUAUCGACGAGCAACACGGGACAUGAAUGCAAGGUACCCAGACGCAACAGCGGAAGAUAUACAACGAGAAGAUACCUGUAUAAUAUGUCGCGAAGAUAUGAGGCCUUGGAUCGCUGUCGACUUACAGCCACCGGGGGGUGAAGCUAUUGAUGGAGUGCCACCUGCCCGCCCUACCGGUCCAAUCAACGAGCGAACACGUCCAAAAAAACUGCCAUGUGGUCAUAUAUUACACCUUGGAUGUCUUAAAAGCUGGCUAGAGCGGCAACAAGUUUGUCCCACCUGUCGACGUCCAGUAGUCGAUCCUCAAAAUCAAACACCGGGAGCUGCGUUAGGAGCUGCUCCUGGAAUAGGUUUACCACCUCAACAACCCGCUCAACAAGAAGGGAUUGGGGGCCAGCAGCCAGUAGCUGGCCGAGCACCAGGAAGAGGCAUGCGAAUGUUAAACCUCGGGCCUCUAAGGGUUGGAUUCGGACAGGCGAAUCUCCAAGACUUAGCCCGUGAACUCGGUGGCCCCCAAGCAGGACCCGAGAAUGCCGGGAUUGGUGGACCCAGGGUGUAUGGUUUGGAGCUAGGGUUCCCACGUCGAGCUCAGCCUCAGCAACAACCGGCCAGUACAAGUAAUACCCCUCCAGUGCUAAGCUUACAACAACAAUUACGGACUCUAGAAAAUCAAAUUAUAGGUGAAAUCUCCAACCUUCGUCUUACCCAACAAGAGUGGCAACUCGUCAAUUUAUUGCGGGCAGAGCUCGAGAGGAUUCGAGCUAUACGGAAUGGAACGGCAGAGCCCUUAUCAGGAAAUAUAUCGAUCGCUCAAGUACCACCAUUUGCACCAUCAUCAUCGCGCACAAUUCCGACGCUCCCCCCUCGAGUUCAGACCUUCCAGCCUGUAUCAACUUCAACUAUUCCAUCUGGACACAUAGACCUUCCACCAGGAGUAACUAUUCCAGAAGGAUGGUCUCUUCUCCCCUUGCAAAGUGUCGAUAGAGUACCUAGCGCUAUUACUAGUAAUUCACAAGCGGAAGAGCCUUCUAAUAUCCCGCGCGGAACUACUACUGAUCCUGAAAAGAGUUCAAAUACGGAACCAGCUUUAGAAUCAACUAGUAAAUCGGACCAACCUUUAGGUACCUCACACGUUGAUAGAGACAAAUUUUGUCCAUCAGUUUCAUCUCCAGAUAUUAGUAAAAUGGAGAUCACAAACACAUCCCUAAAAAAAUCCGAUAUAAAAACAAAUGACAUUGAAAGAGACUCCCAACCUGUUGCGCAAAAGGACUCCAACUCUCCUCAUAAUGUGGAGCCUUCGCAGCUCGUUUCGACGCGCCCUGAUACAGAGCUAAUACCAGGUGAAAAGGCCAGGUCUCAAGUCCUGCAAGCUCCAGUUGGAGAAAUUAGCCCAAAAGGAGUAUGUAAUAUUGAAGUGGACGGAAGCGGUAAAAGCAACGGAAAAGCGCCAGCUGCAACUGUAGAGGAUACUGUAGAUGAUACGGAGCAAUGA